AUGUCACUUCAAAAGGACACAUCGUCUGAGGAGAGUUUGCAAGGCUCUUGGGUUGAGCUGCAUUUUAGCGGAACUGGCUCUCAAGGCACAAGCCACCGAGGCAGUCAGGAGCAAAUCCCCACUUCCAGCCUAGAGGGCGACCUGGAGAAAAUGCUGCUCGAAGCUCAACACGAGUCAGGCAGAAGCAGCUCCAGAGGAAGCUCUCAGUGCAACAGCCCCCUCAGAUCACAGACCCCACUCCUUCUGUGGAGAGGCUCGGAGGGAAACAGCUCUCAGUCUGAUGAAGACUUCCAAGAAAGGAGACGGGAAGUAGAAAACCUGAUGAAGAAAAAUGCCGAUUGGAUCUGGGACUGGUCCAGUCGACCUGAAAACAAUCCACCAAAGGAGUUCCUGCUGAAGUACCCGAAGCGCUCAGCCUCUCUCAGCAUACGGAACACCAGUGUCAUGAAGAAGGGGGGCAUUCUGUCUGCUGACUUUCUGAAGCUUUUCCUUCCCUCAUUAAUAAUUUCUCACAUACUUGCUGUUGGUUUAGGGAUAUACAUCGGAAAGCGCCUAACUUCCCAUAACACCUACUAA